CGCUUGCUGAAUGCGCAUCGAAUACCGUAAACGGCAGAAGCAGAAGGACGUGUGAAAAGGUGGACCAAGAAGACACACCGCAGGGUUGACUCCCAACUCUGGAGUGUUGACAAUACUACGCUUUCAUGACCUCCCUUGCCGCCGACACAUCAGAUCGAAUCACGUUCGCAAGCUCAUCGCUCACCCACUCACCCCCGUUCAGGCUUGCUUGGUCUUGGCGCGCAUCGCACGCAUCGUGAUCGCCUACACCUCUGAGAGAAACCACUUUGAAAAUGUCGGCGGGUACGAGCAGCGCUACGGGGUCCCAAACCAUCCCAGCGCACGUUGGGAGCAGCAAUGGGGCACUUCACAGCGACAGUGGCACGUCCUCCGCUACCAAAUCAAUUCCUUCCCCGCAUCCUUCUCACAUUCCAAGCAUUCUAUCACAUCACUCCUCUACUCGACCCGCCAUCUCGCUCGAAUUCUUCCCGCCCAAGACAUCUUCAGGUCUACAGAACUUGUAUGCUCGGAUAUUGAGAAUGAAAACUCAAUGCGGACCUUCUUGGAUGCAAGUGACUUGGGGAGCAGGCGGAAGCACGCAAAAUAUCAGCAUGGUGCUUGCUGGCAGAGUACACAAGGGACUGCUCAGACCCGCUGAUUUGGACUGGACAAGGUGGGAAAGUCCGUCUUCGGAAGCAGAAAGCAGGAAUAGGACGCUAGAAGAAAGGGAGAUUCAAGCUAUCAUUGAAGCUCCUGCCAACGAUGAAUUGGCAACAGAAUGCUGUCUGCAUCUUACGUGCACCAACGUCAGCAGAGAAGCGCUGGAUGUCACCUUAAAGCAAGCGAGAGCGAUCGGUAUCCGGAACCUGCUAGCUUUAAGAGGAGAUCCUCCACGAGGCUCAGAGUACUGGACUCCUUCCGACAAUCGAUUUCAACAUGCCGAAGACCUAGUCCGGUACAUACGAUCUGGGCAUGGAGACUGGUUCUCGAUUGGGGUGGCGGGCUACCCCGAGGGUCACACAGACUCUUUGACGCCUUCGGGAGAGGCCGAAAUUCCAGUUUUGCUUUCCAAGCAGCGAGCUGGCGCAUCGUUUAUAGUGACGCAACUGUUUUACGAUGUUUUUCUCUACCACUCCUGGCUCGCCAAGGCUCGUGCUGCUGGCAUCACUAUUCCGAUCAUCCCGGGUGUCAUGCCAAUCCAGAAUUACACCUCCUUCAGGCGCAUCACCGGUCUGUGCAAGAUCCAAGUGCCGCAGGAACUAAGAAGGAGACUGGAGGAUCCUACACCUGAAGAGAUUGCGAGUGCUCAAAGCAGUGGUGCAGCAGCAUUUCAAGGAAAGGAGCAGAGGGAUAAGAUUAAUGUCAGGAACGACGACGCCAGAGUCAAAGAGGUUGGAAUAGAAUGGAGCAGGGAAAUGUGCCGGCAGAUGUGGAGGGAGAGCGUCAAGUCAAGAGAGGAGAGAGGUGCAGUGGAGGAAACCUUGAAUCCAAAUCAUACGGCUUUCCACAUGUGUACGCUCAAUCUAGAAAAGAGCGUCACAAGAAUCUUGCACGACCUUAGCUGGGCUGGACCUUCGCAAACGACCAACAAAGCAUCUACCCAGGAAGCGGCCUUCGCAGAGGACACGUCGGGCACGAAUGGGACCAACGCAGCCGAUUCUGGUUCCGCGACUAGCGUGCCAAAACUUCAUGCCACCCUCAAUGAUUCCCUCAGUGUCUCUGCUCCUGCAGCCUUGUGGGACGAAUUCACUAAUGGGCGCUAUGGCGAUAGCAGAAGUCCGGCUUUUGGGGAAAUAGAUGGCUAUGGCGUCAGCUUGAAGGUGCCGCCUGCCGAUGCGCUGAGGGUGUGGCGUACACCGGUGACGGAAGGCGAUAUUUCAGCGCUGUUCGUGGCCUACCUCUCGGGAGAGAUUCAAGCUAUUCCUUGGUGUGACAUCCCAAUCUUGAACGAGACGCAAGCGAUCCGAGAAGAGCUCUUGGGUCUCAACAGAGCUCCAUCAGCUUCUUUAGGAGAGGGUGAUCAUUCAACUAUUGGAAAGGGAUGGUGGACUGUAGGCUCCCAACCCGCUAUUGAUGGUGUCGACUCGUUGGAGCCUACAUUCGGCUUUGGACCUAAAGGAGGCUACAUCUUUCAAAAGGCAUUCGUAGAAUUUUUUGUAGACGAGGAGCACAUGCUGGCGUUGUGUCGACGAGUGGAGGAGGAGUCUGAUGGGCUCGUUGGCUUGCUAGCGGGCAAUAAAAAGGGCAAUUUCAAGACGACACUCGAGGCCAACGCUGUGAAUGCCGUCACGUGGGGCGUUUUCCCGGGUCAAGAAAUUGCGCAGAGUACGAUUAUCGAGGAAGAGUCGUUCAAAGCCUGGCGUGACGAAGCCUUCGAGAUAUGGGCAGAGUGGGAAUUGCUGUUUCCGCAAGGCUCGCCAACACAGCGAUUGCUGAAAUCCAUCGGCGACAACAAGUGGCUCGUCACCGUCAUUCAUCACGAUUUCAAGGAUCCUGGAGCACUCUGGAAAUUCUUGGGGUGCGGGAGGAGCGAGCAUUUAGAGUAGAAGAGUGUAUGGAAAUUCGAUAUUUGACAAGAAGACGGAGAGAACAGAGAAUUUUGGCGAAGAGAUGAUCACGA